GCACUGAUAAUUGUAUCUAAUCUCGGUACUCAAAUAAAGAGCAUUCCCAGAAACUGAAUGUAUGAGCCUCAGAUAAGAGCCUAAAAGGUGCCUCAUUCAGUCCACCUUCGAGCAGCAGCCAUGAUACUCUUCGUGUUCGCUUCGCUCUUCGCCCUGGUGAUCGCAGGUCCGGACGAAGACACAGCUGAUAAGAUCCUCUCCGCGUUCAUCAAGGACAACGCUGGUAAGGACGUACCCUCGUCGAGUUUCGUCUACGCAUACAACGUGAACCUCGGGAUCAUCACGACUUCCAUCGACGUCUCCUUCAACGACGGUCAGCUAAACUUGAAGGGCUUCUCCAGGACAGGGCCCGUGGACAACACAGGAGGUCUUACGUUCACAGCAGAGAUCGACGCUAAACUAAACUAUGCCUACGACUUUCGAUCAUCGGUUCCAGCACCUUUCGCUGCUGGAAAGGCAGCUAUAGACUGGAAAGCUCCAGUAUCCAUGAAGGUAGUCAUCGACGAGAACAACAGGGCUUCCUUAGACUCCAUCAGGCUCUUGAACACUGGAACGUUGAUUGGAGACGCUAUACCGUACGUCGCAGGAAGAUCCGCAACGUUAUUUCCCAAACAAGACAGCCCUUUUGCCCGAUUGUUAUUUCUUCCCAUGCAAGGUUACUUAAGAAAUACAUUUAAAAAUAUUGCUUAUUAAUACAUUUAUCAUAUUUAAUUUAUUAUUAUUAUUACUUUUGUAAAUUCGACCGUCAGUAUUCUAUAAUAACUAAAUAAUGUUAAUAAAAUAUUUUCCUACUAA